GCAGAAGUCGACGAGUGAUAAGUGGUGAUAUGCUUUAACUUCAAGAAAAAGAUGCAAAUAUUCGAAACCUGAAUCCUGUAAUUGAACUCUGAUUUGUGUUGAGCCCACUUGGCCUGAUAGUUUCCUUUAAAUUCGUACAAUUGUUUAGUUUUUGCUGUUGAUAUUGUAGAGGUUAAGGUGUGCCAUGUUUCGAACUUCUGUUGUCAAAACAUGUCGAGGUAUUGUCCGGAGAUGUUCCGGUACAUUCUUAAAUCAAACAAAUCGACCACCUUCGAUUUCAAUUUGCUGUGGAAGACCUGAAACCGUUUUCAUCCCAUCGUGUCAACUUCACGUUAGUUUUGUAUUUAGUCAGUCUGAGGAUCAAGCUCAAGGCAAAAAGCCAGAUGCUAGUAGCAAAAGUCACUCUCCUGUAGCCAUAGGACAAGCCAGUAGAAAAAUGCACUUGAUGUACACUUGCAAAGUUUGUCAGAAAAGAAACCAUCAUGUAAUAUCUCGAGUAGCCUACACGAAGGGUGUUGUUAUUGUUGAGUGCGAAGGAUGUAACAAUAACCAUCUCAUUGCAGACAACCUUGGUUGGUUUUCAGACCUUGAUGGAAAAAGAAAUAUUGAAGAGAUUCUAGCUGAAAAAGGAGAGACUGUUAAAAGAAUUGUUGAUAGUGGAGGGUUUUUUGAGAAUACUACUAGUUCCGAAGACAAUGAAAACACUGUAUUGCUGCCUAAACAUGAUAGCUCGUCAUAAUUUGGUUCCUUAAUAUCUUGUAAUAUACUGUGUUCUGGAAUUUUGUCAAGCAGAGAAAAAAGUUGCUUUUGUUCAAGUAAGGUAAAUACUUUUACAGUCCUUGAACAUUUUGUAUUUAAGUGAUGUCUCUUGAUGCAACUGGGAAUAACUGCAAGAAUGAGGUCGAAAUGAAAUAAAUUAUUUUCAGUCAAUCUACAAUAA